GGAUGAAAUUUACAUGUUUCCUCUCUUGCAUUUGCUCUGUUGUCACAUCAGCUGUACUCUGUAUUUCCUUCAGACAAAAUACUUUCUACACGGACUCAGCAAAGGAUGGAGUGGUGGCUCCUCCAUUGGCUGGUCCUGUCUUUGGUGGCUCAUAACAUCACCUGUAUGAAGCCUGAUCUAAAUUUAGGCCGGGGUGACAAUCCAGGUGUAGUUACGGAUAAGGGUAAUGAUAAAAAUCCAGGUUUAGAUAAGGGUAACUGUAAAUGUUUAGUUUUAGGUAAGGAUAACGGUAAGGUUAAAAAAACAGAUCAAAGUUGUAAGGAAAAGAAACCAGAGGUUUCAGACACCAGAUUGUGUAUGGAAGAAGUAAACAACAUUUUGAAAAAUGGAAGCCAAAACGACACUAUCAUAGCCAUGGAGACUCUAGAACAGGUUCUAGAAGAAACAGAGUUUGAUGAGACUGCGAGCUUGUCUGUCGGCGGUUUGGUGGCCAUUCUGCACAAACCCAAAGGCCCCUUCAAAGGACUUGACAUUUUUGCCACUGAUGAUAAGGCAACAUUAAACGAGGCUGCCAACAGCAGAGUGAGUGUUCAACUGCCGAGAGAGUUGGAUGCUGGAUCAAACAACACGAUUGUGUUCUGCAUGCUCACCUGGCCUGAAAGAAGCGGGACCCUAUGGGGAAGCUCACACGAAUUAUAUGAGAGCACACUGGUUGGCCUGUGCGUGCGGGGCAAGAAUAUUUCAGGACUACAGGAGCGUGUCAACAUCACAGUGAAUCUUGCUGGAAAUGGAACUACAACGUCAUUCAACAAAUCAUUUACCGAAACCCUACAGCCCAAAUGUGUGUUCUUUAACUUUUCAACACAGACAUAUAGCCCUGAAGGCUGCAUAACCCUGUGGGAAUUUGGUCAGAGUCACGUCACCUGCUCCUGUGACCACCUCACAUACUUCGGCGUGCUUUUGGUUUCUGCUGACAUCUCACCUAAAGACCGGGAGAUUCUGUCAUACAUCACUCUGAUUGGCUGUAGUCUUUCUCUGUUAACCCUGAUCAUCACUGUUCUACUCUUCAUCACAAAUAGAAAAGCCAGAGCAGAUCUCUCUAUGAAGGUCCACAUCCACCUCGUCAUUGCCCUGAUCCUGCUCAACCUGCAUUUCCUCCCCAGCCAGGUGGCAGCACAGUCCUCCACUGGCUUUUGCCUUUACAUGGCCCUUUCUCUUCACUACUCCCUGCUGGCCACACUCAUCUGGAUGGCCCUGGAGGGGUUCCACCUCUACCUUCUCUUAGUCCGAGUCUUCAACAUCUAUAUCAGGAAAUACCUGCUCAAGCUCAGCGUGGUGGGAUGGGGUAUCCCAGCAGUCAUUGUGUCCCUGGUGGUCAUCAUCGACAAAAGCUCGUAUGGACGUGUCCCUCUGGACUCGGCUAACCCCAACAGCACCGCAAUAUGCUAUAUACUCAAUGACACCGUGAAGAUGGUGACUACAGUUGGAGUGUUUUGCUUGGUGUUCAUCUUUAACGUGUUCAUGUUAGGGGUGACAGUCAGACGCGUUGUGACUCUCCGCCAGAGCAAAGAGUUUGGGCCGAGUGACCAUGACAGAGCCAAGCGAGACAUCUAUACCCUGCUGGGGGUCACCACUCUGCUCGGCAUUACCUGGGGCCUGGUCUUCUUCUCAUUUGGCUACCUGACCACUGCUGGCCUCUACCUCUUCUGCAUCCUCAACUCACUGCAAGGUUUCUUCAUCUUCCUGUGGUUUGUGAUGUCUCUGAGAAAAACUGGAAACCCAGCUAUUAUGAGGAGUAGUGAAACACGCAGCACCAACAGCUAAGCCUAAACCCAACACACCAAGACAUUUUUUUCUUCUGUGUGUGUGGUUUGCCCUUAUUAUUUCUGCUUUAGAUCAUGAUGUUUUAAUGUACAACCAUGUAACAGAGAAGCAAGCAUGAUAGUUAGAGCUAGCUCAUGCAGGUGACUCUAAUAUAACAUUUCAAAAAUGUUAACAACUCUUAGUUUUAGUGCUAUUUUCAAAGGUUUGCCGUUAUUGUCAUACCCUGGUGUGCUAAAACUUUGUGGUGAAAGGUUUAUCCCUCCUCUAAUACCUAGCAAUUCUACUUCAUUCAUUCUGUGCACAACUUUGUGAACUUAAAAAAAAUUACAAAAAAGCAAGAACCUAGAUUUGAAGCAUGCACUGUCUUGGUGUGAUUUCCACACCCUGAGAAACUGUUCCAUCUUCAGCUUUUUUUUUACAAAAACAUGCAAAAUAGAAGAUGAGAGGAUAUCAUUUAUGUCAGUCGCUGUAUCUCCACAGCGCUGUGGAGAUAGGUCUGGCAAUGCAAGACUAGAAAUAAUGCAACAAGAAUGAUGCGUGUGCAAAUGCAAAUGAUGGGUGAGCAAAUGCAUCCACUUGCACUAAAUGGUGCUGAUUGUUUUUUCUGCCUCAAGGCACACAUCCACUACUGUAUUUUGCAUUGUGGCCAGAUGAGGGUCUGAUCUGACAUUGAUUGAGUACUGUGAGAGAGCUUAGAUUCUCUGAGAGUGAAGAUUAUGUGUCCUGCGCCUACAGACAAUACAUCUGUUGCUGUUGUUGUAUUUUGGAAUACUGAUUUGUGAAAAUGUUCAUCAUGCAUAC